AUGGUACACGGUGAUGAUGAUCUAUACCAAGUUCUUGGAGUGAAGAAGACUGCAUCUCUAAAAGAAAUUAAGCAAGCUUACAAGGCACAGGCAAGAGAAUGGCAUCCAGAUAAAAACAAGGACCCAAAUGCAGCUGAUGUUUUCACUAAAAUAAAUGAAGCAUAUGAGACCUUAAGUGAUGAAGAAAAGAGACGACAGUAUGACAGAUUUGGGUACACAACUGCACGAGAACCUCAGAGACAGCAUGGCUUUCACCAAGGUGGUGGACCUUUUGAAGGAUUUGGAAAUUUCUUCAGAAGUUCUGGAUUCCAUUUUGGAGGAUUUGGUGGCGGAGAAUCUAUCAUUGAUAAAUAUACUGUCACUCACAGGUUGUACGAAACAAAGAUCCUGCCUGAGAGCUUCCGUAAACCUUACUUCCUGUAUGCUUAUGCAGAUUUCUGUUUCGAAUGCUCAAGAAUUGAUCACCACAUUGAGAAAUUCAUCAAAGAACUUGACCUUGUUGGAAUUGGUGUUGGAACUUUCCAUGCAGGACAUGCCGUUGGUUUGGCCUCAGAACUCCGUGUCCAUCAUGUACCAGCCAUUUUAGGAAUUGUCAAUGGGAGGUCAACUUUCUUCACUGGAAAUGUAGGACCUCAACAGUUUCGAGACUUCAUCAGGAAAAUGUUCCCAGCAAAACUCAUAGAAAGGAAGUUGACAGAUGGCACAUACAACGCUUUCCUAGAUGGAUGGACAGACAACCAAGUACGGGCUAUUAUCUUAGGACAGAAAGAAGAACCUGCCAUCAGAUUUCUUGCCACUGCAAUGUACUACAAAGAUUUUGUCAAAUUUGCAUAUAUAAAUACGGGAUCACCAGACGUUGUGAAAAUCAUGAAGAAAAAUGGAGUUAAUAAACACAGAGACACGUUACUCAUGUUUAAUGAAGAAUCUUCAUCUCCAGUCGCUACUAUUAGUAUGCAUCAGUUGUCACGGAGUACACUAAAUGAAGUUAUUGAAAGUAACAAAUUCUUGCUACUGCCGAGACUGUCAUCCCAAGAACGAUUUGAAGAGCUUUGCCCCAUCGAACGUGUAGCACGUCGUAAAAAAUUGUGCAUUGUUCUUUUUACAAAGAAAGCAAAAAAUAAUGAAGUCUAUCGUGAAUCAUUCCGUCAGUACAUUCGACGGUCCCCAUUUCUACAACAGGAUCGUGUGAGAUUUACCUACAUAUAUGAAGACACCCAGAAGGAUUUCGUGAAGAGUUUAACAAAGGGAAGCAAAUCUGUUGUUGAAAAAAAUGCUGUAAAGGUUGUCCUUAUAUGGAGGAUGGAUAUAUACCACCUGAGCUAUGAUUGGCUGAAAUCGGGAUGGAGUGCUGAUCCAAAUCGACUAGAGGAAUGUGAAGAAUACCUGGAGGAGAAAGUCAAGCUUCUCCUUAACUCUGAUCAGUCUUUGGCGUACAAGACUCUUUUACCGGAGUUCCAUAACGAACAUGCUUUGGGUCUCAUGGUGCGCAUUGUGUACAGACUCCUUGACUGGGCUGAGAGAGUAUUCUCCUUUUUCACAUCGUACGACGGUUUUACAAUAGGAACUGUCCUACUCUCUCUGUUCCUCAUGUUUUGUAUGGGAUAUUUCAUGAACAAAAUGGCGGCUAUAGAACAUGAGCAGGUGAUGGAAAAGAAACCCAAAAAUGUGAAAUCCAGACCUCCUUCAACUUCUGUAGACAACAAGAAAGUCAACUUGUAUGAGAUCAACUAUAAGUCAUAUAAUGACUUGAUUGUCAAUGUGGAGACCGGGUUGACCUUUGCCCUCUUGGUGGACGAGGAAUCAAAAGAGAGGCUGCUCAACCGCUUUGGAGAACUAGUUUUCCCAAAUUAUACAAGGUACAGUGCCUUGACAUUUGGUUUCAUCGACUUGGAUCUCUACCUUGGAUGGUACAGACACUUACUAGAAGAAUGUGUUGAUUUCAAACAGGAUCUCUCAAACAUUAAAGUCAAGAGCUGUGUGGGAACUGUCCUGGCCAUUAAUGGUUUCAGAAACUAUUACUAUAUCUACCACCCAAAACGAGUGCGGAAAUGGGUCCGUCAACACACUGAAAACAUACCAAGCUCAAUAGGAUUUUUUGAUACCGAUGAAGAAUCAGAUUCGGAGGAGAAACGCUUCAAAGGAGACCAGCCCAUGGUAGAGGACCUUUUGAAAGGCUACAUAACUUGGAUGGACCGAGUAUUUGAUGGAUCUGUGAAGAAAAUUCGAGUACCAUACUGGCCUGAAAUGGUGAUUAAGUAAAAUUUGUCUAUAUGAUUUUGUUUAAUCCAAAAAAUUACACAACAAAAUUAUAAACUAAACUUCAAGUAAGAAUUUAAAGAACCUGAAGUUUUACCACUUCAUAUGUGCAAUUACAUAAUGUCAGAUUUGUCUGCCAUGAUAAUUAAGAUCACCAAUUAAUAAGAACUAAUUUCUCUAAGAUUACCUAUUAAUAAGAACUAAUUUCUCUAAGAUUACCUAUUAAU